CGGAUCAUCCACGACUCCACGAGCAUUCCAAAUAAUUGGAUGCCAGCAAAUGGUAUCUAAUCACAAGUUUGCUUUGUGUCAUUUUUCCACACUCGCUAGACAUUUCCACAUUGUGGUGGGAUAUUAUAAGUAAAGAGCCAAAAGUGAAACAUAUAAAUCCAAACACACAUUAUUAUCUCAGCACAGAGAAAAUGGGAAGCACUGAGAUGAGUAAACAAGCAGAGUUGAUCUUCAUUCCCUCACCGGGAAUUGGCCAUUUGACGUCAACUCUGGAAUUUGUUCAGCUUCUAAUCAACCGUUGCAACCAUCUUUCUGUCACAAUUCUCUGUAUUAAGUUCCCUUUAACACCCUUUUCAGACUCUCACAUUAGAUCAGUGUUAGCCUCAAAACCUCAAAUCAAACUCAUUGAUCUCCCUCAAGUAGAACCACCUCAAUUUGACAUAACGAAGUCUACAGAAUACUACAUCUGGACCUUCAUGGAGAACGUCAAACCCCAUGUCAAAGCCACCUUGCAUAGCAUUGUAUCAUCGUAUUCUGAGUCAAACCCAGUUGUUGGAUUGGUCUUAGAUUUCUUUUGUCUCUCCAUGGUUGAUGUGGGAAAUGAACUGGGUAUCCCUUCUUAUAUGUUUUUGACAUCAGGUGUUGGGUUUUUAAGUCUCGCUCUUUCCCUUCCCAAACGUCAAAUUGAGGAUGUUUUCAAUGAUUCUGAUCCUGAGUUGUUACUUCCUGGUUUCCCAGAUCCAGUUCCUCCAAGUGUUUUGCCUGAUGCUUGUUUUAACAAAGAUGGUGGAUAUUUUUCCUAUUACAAGCUUGCUCAGAGGUUCAGAGACACCAAAGGGAUUAUUGUUAAUACUUUUUCAGAGUUUGAGCAGUGUGGUGUUGAUGCAUUAUCUGAUGGUGAAACCCCUCCUAUCUAUACUGUUGGUCCUUUGAUUGAUCUGAAUCCCAUUCCUAACCCAAAUUUAGACAAAGCCCAGCAUGACAAAAUACUGAAAUGGCUAGAUGAGCAGCCACCUUCUUCUGUGGUUUUUGUAUGUUUUGGGAGCAUGGGAAGAUUUGGUCCAUCUCAAACAAGAGAAAUAGCACUGGCACUUCAGCGUAGCGGAGUUAAGUUCUUGUGGGCUAUGCGUGCUCCACCAACCACAGAAAAUGCAGAGAAAAGCUUACCAGAAGGGUUUUUGGAAUGGAUGGAAGGUAGGGGGAUGCUAUGUGGGUGGGCACCCCAGGUGGAGGUUCUGGCCCACAAAGCCAUUGGUGGCUUUUUAUCUCACUGUGGGUGGAACUCUAUUUUGGAAAGCUUGUGGUUUGGGGUACCAAUUUUGACAUGGCCUAUCUAUGCAGAACAACAGCUGAAUGCUUUGAUGAUGAGAGAAUUUGGACUAGCAGUGGAGCUGAGAGUGGACUAUAGGAUCGGUAGGGACUUUGUAAAGGCAGAGGAGAUAGAGAAAGGGCUGAAACAAUUGAUGGACAGAGAUAAUACAGUGCACAAAAAGGUGCAAGAGAUGAAAGAGAUGGCUAGGAAAGCUGUCCUUAAAGGUGGGUCUUCUUUCAUUUCUGUUGAAAAACUUAUUGAUAAUAUGAUGGUGCAGGAACUUAUAAUAUAGUGUAUUUCAUAGAUGGAGUUGCUCCUUUCUUGGAAUGAUAGUAUAUGAAGAAGUCUUAGUGUUGGUGACUCAGUAAUUAGGACCUAUGAAAGUUGUUAUGUCAAGAAACAUGUCUAUCUCUCCACUGAGAGAACAUGUUUACUGAAUAUAUGUUGAAAAUUGCAGUUGUAGUAGUUUGUGUGUGAUAAAUUUACUUAACCAAUUCUUUCUUUUCUGUUCAAUGUUUUCUCUGUAUGGCUCAUGCCAUACUUUUUAUUCAUAUAUGAUGUUAGAAAAUAAAAUGGAUUAAGCUCCAU